UUAUAUCGUAUAUAUUUUGCUGUGUCUGUUGCAUUUUUGUAUUUUAUAUCAAUGACAAGUGCACGUAGCAUUUAUAAAUGUCUAUAGCUAGAUGGUGAAUUAAGAAAUGAAAUAUCAAGGCGAACCACUUUGCUUUCCUGGCGAGAUUGAUGCAUUUUAUUAACGGAUUAUAAAUUUAUAAGUGGCAGAAUGCGCGAAUAACAGCUGCAAAGGCGAAUAAUUAAUGCAUGUCACCUUGUUCACCGAUCGAAUGCCUCGUCGAUAGGAUAACAGUUCGAAUCCGCGUGUCAGAAAUGAUUGACAAUUACCUAUAUAUAUAUACAAUAAAAUAUAGGAUCUUACUUUUUUGGUUGUACGUCCAAAUUUAAUCGAUAAUGAUUGAAAUUUCAUUCUAUCUGACAUUACAUAAAUACCGGCAUAUGUAAUACCGUUAUAAUUGCAACAUCUAUAAGAGACUACAACUCUGAAAACUUUAUUGCCAUAUAAUACGUAAUAUAUAUAAAAAAAAUAUAAUUUUAAUCUUUCUAUAUAAUUUCUAAUAGUAGUGAUCAAACAUACAAGAUUAAAAUAACUAAUGCGUAAGACACACACAUAUAUAUAUAUAUAAUUACUGCUUAUUGACAAUGUUAUAUAAAAUACCGCAUGUCUAGUCCUCAAAAGUAUCGAAUCAUUCGCUCGUGUCCAUAGAAUUUGAAAGGUGACACGCAACUUUCCUGGACGUACUUAUCCUCCUAAAGAGAUCGUGAUCAUUCACGAUGGUUCGAUGCACUCGAUGCACCGUCGAAGGAGACGCGUCGCAAACCGCUGUCCUUCUACAGUUCUACCGGUGAUGUAGGCUGGUCUUCGAAGUUGGACAUUAUAGUACGGAUCGGAGAGUACUUUCGCCAAGAGUCGCCUGUAGUGGGGGAGUCGGGACUUGAACCCUGGAACCCCAUGGGCCCAUAUAUACUACGGGCUCAUACUGCGCUCUUGCUACUUGUGGUGUCAGCUUCUCCGAGAUCCUCGCCGUACACAGGAAAACGCGCAGGAGAGAAGCUGAUAACGCGCCGUAAGAUGAAGCUGCUGAUCGUGUGCGCGCUCAUGACCGUCGCGGUCGCCGGCCCGGGUCUCCUCAGGGUGCCGAAGGUGUACAACGCCGUGAUCACGAGCAAUCAGAAUCUGUCGCCAUCGCGGGCGUUUCCGGUGAUACAACCGAUCGUCCAUCGAACUGCCGUAGGUUACGUGCCGCCGUUCUAUUACACUCAAAUAGCGCCUCAUUUCGCUGGACCGGAAGUGGUGCCUUAUUCGUCGCUCGGCAAGGUCGCCGAUGAUAAUAAGGUCGCCGGAAACGACCAGGCCUCGUCUUCGACGUCGCGUUUGGCCGAGUCGAGUAGUUUCGGCAUCGCCAACGAACGCAACGAAGAUCACGCGAAGACAUCAAAGGAUGACGAGUCGAGGACCGACUCCCUUGAACCCUCGAAGAACUCCUCGAAGAAGAAUGAGCAAGUGCCAUUGAGCUUCUACCCGAACUACCAAUCCCUUUAUUACGAGCCGUACAUCUAUACGUACAAUGGCUUUAAUCCACAUCUCGUACCUGGUACUUAUUACGUAGAUUACCAGCCUUAUGGCUCCCUGGAACCGAUUCCGGCGACCACGCCGAGGAAUGUCGAUUCCGGUCAUCUAUUACCGAGCUUCCACGACGAGAAGACAGAUCAGACGGGAAGCGAUAAAGAGAAAAUACCGAACGUACCGCCUCCACCUCUUCCGACCUCCGUCCCGAAGAAAUCUUGAGCCAUGAGUGGUAUUCCGUAAACGUAAUUAGCUGUGUCAAUAUUUAGACGACUAUCAGUUUUCUUGCUUUUUGAUCUUUGUUUUUAAGAUAAAGGGGUUUUUGUUAUGAAAGAAUAAUCAAUGUGUAAUGUCGCGUUGAAGUAAAUGUGUAAUCAGUGGAUAUAUAUUUAGUACAUUGGUCACUCUAUUCUAUUGAACUUUGACUGCAAUGUAUCUUGAGGUAAUCUCAAAUCUUUUCUCAUGACGCAAGUUGCUCGACAGAGUUGAAGAGUUUUAUCUGUGUUAAUGCUAUCGCAUAUUAAUGUUGAAUUAAUAAUAUAAUGGUAAUAAGAUAUUUUUAUAAUUUACAUAUAAGUAUGUAUGUUUUACAGAGAGAUAUAGAGUGAGAAAGGUAGA